AUGGCCUCAGCUGAAAUACAGACUCUGUUGCGAUUUUUAUCACAUGAUGCCAAGUUACCACUGGCGUCAGCCAUGGGCAAAGUCAUGGAUCUCCAGAAAGCCAACCUAAUAUCCGUGGAGCAACUUUCAAAAGCAGAACUCAAGUCUCUUCAGGAGAUUUUCAAAGAUGACAAAGUUGCUAAACAGGUGCUGAACGCUGCCAAGAGAGCCUCCAAGAAGCGUCAAGCGCCAACUGGCAAUUCGGACUCGCCACAGAAAAAGGCCAGGGGAGCAGCUCGCAUUGAUGAAACGCCAUACGAGACUGAAUCAGCCCUUUCUUUGCCUAUCUCAUCAGCAUCGGAAGAUGAGCUGUCGCGAAUAAUUCUGUUGACUAACAGGGCACCUCUUGUGCUCGCAUUUGCAGUCUGUGUCUUGAAAUACACAAUGCCAGAGCAGCCAAUCUCCAGCAGACUCAGCCUUGCGCAAGCUGUCGUCAGUGCCAACAGCCGCUCGAAGGCCAUCAGCCUAGGAAUUGAAAGCGGCAAAACCGCUGAGCAAGAAGGUUGGGGUGAAGGCCAUCCUGUGAUCAAAGUCCUGGGGCGAGAGAUCAAGGUUCUAAAACGGUGGGAUUAUAAUCCCCAAGAAGGCAAACCAACAGAAGAACCAAGCUCAGAGCAAGAUGCUGGAAAUGCUGCCGCCGCUUCUGCCGACAUCUUGGGCAAGGGGGAUUCAGAUGGUUCAGACACAUCGCCCCCUCUUUGGGGCGUGGAUCUUGAAGCCCUAAGAAGUGCUCAGGGCAGUGGCCCGAGCCCUGCUACGAAAGGCAGCACAAGUCUUCCAAUCUUCACGCCGAGUUCUGCAAAAUCAUAUCUCUACAGAUCCUUUACUGAGGCGGCUACAGAGACUACAGAGACUGACAAUGGCUCCAGCAAGACGAAACGCAAGUCGGUCAAGCAAUUGGAAGCCGAGAAAGAGACUUGCUUGGGCUACUUGCUGCAAGCUAUCGACCUGGUCUGCCAGUCCUGGGCCAGCACUCUAAGCAAAGAGGAGCUGGAUAGACGUGCUUGGGCCUGGGCAAGUGAAAUUGUCGGAUAUCUUGGCGCUCCGAAGAAAUCCUUGAACAGCCUGCCUGGAGCUAGCUGCACCAUCGCCAAGGAGAGCAUGCCUCUCCGCUCUGCUUCUGCAGCGCGUGCUGCACUUGCCUCCCGCUUCUUCUGUGCUCAGCUUCUCACUCACGCCCCGCUUUCACAGCGGCAGCAGGAGUUGCCUUCUCAGCUUUGGGAACGCAGAGCGCCAGCUGUCCCCAAUCCGAUGAAAGUCUACCUUCCAGACAAGCAAGUGCUUGAACAUGGACAGCCGUUGCCGCCAAAGCCAGGCGCACCGCAGAGGCCGGAGUAA